UCACUUUCUCGGGAAAAUCCCCUGUUUUCCCACGUUUCAUCGCGAAGAUAGAGAUAGAUAGAGCGAGAGGGAUGGAUCCGGAGCAGACGUUCAUACGCGUGCAAGAGAGGUUCUCGCAGAUGCUGAGGCGUUUUACGUUUUCGUCGCCAUCACCCUGUUCUCCAUUCUCGUUGUUAUGCACGCCAAUUGCGUUCAGCAGAUAACUAGUGCAGGGUUGUGGUCACAGAAUGAGUCUGAAUCUAAUGCGAUAGACUUCCCUAAUAUGGAAACUGUGAAGGAGAAAUUAGAAGGGGCAAAUGUGGAUGGAGAUGGAUUGACAUUUUUGGCUAAAUUGGAUUGGUUCUGGAGCUAGAAGGGACAAACUAGCAUGGAAGUUCUGGAAGACUGACAAUGAACUUCUUGAGCAGCAAGCAGAACCUUCAGUGAGCAGUCAAAGCCCUAAGUGAACAGUAGAUGACGCAGCCACCAAAAUUGAUAAAGAGGAGUGACGUAGUAGUUUCCCUGUAUAUGCCAGAGAGACAUUUAAAGCAGCAAUAUUUCACUUCGGCAAAAAGUGGUACAAGCGUCUGCUAUUCAUUUGGAGACAUGCAAUGCAGGUCGUUAGAAGUUUCUGGAAAUUGUGGAAUCUUGCAGGAAUACAUUUAAAUAUUGACAUUCCCAAGUGGUUGCAUAUACUUCAUUUGGACCGGCUUAAUUCAUAUGCAGUGCAAUUGCUUGAGAAUAGAAGCAAAGCCUUUGAACCAACUUAUAUAUACACUAUGGAAAAGGGAUAUUUCUUGCUACCUGAAGGGGCAAAGUCUCGCCAUAAUAUUUGUACCGUUAACAUUAGCAUAUCAGCUCGGCAUUCCUGUUUUGGAAACAGCUUAUAUCUUCCAAACAAAACUUUACCAUUGUCGGGGUGGUUUGAAUUGAGCUUGGAAGUGACAAUUUUUCUGAAGAACCUAUUUUUUCAAUAACUUUUUUUGUUAAGUCCGAGUUUUUAAUUCUUAUUUGGAUAUCUAUUUUGAAAUUUUAAUCUUUGUGGUACUUAUCAAAAAAGAAAGAUUUAAUUUAAUUUUUUUUGUGGAAUCCAAGUGUCUGUAGGUAAAAACCUAGAGUACAGAUUAAGAACAUCUGUGGUUUAAUGUUUAUUUGUUUGUUGACAAGCUAGACUCACUGAAAACAAUUGUGUCAAUGGCUUUUUUUGGAAGAUAAUGUCCUAGCAUUCUUCUAGGCAUAAUACGAGGUUUAUAACUAGAUAUGUGCUUGGUUGAGACAAUUAAAAGCUUAACACUGGCAUUUGCAUCAUCAUUUUGGUUGAACUUCAUCAUUUUUGUCAAACUGUUGUUGUACUUCAGAAUUUGAGUUAUAUGUGUAUACGUAUAGGAGCUGUGUACUAUAAUAAUGUAAUUGAAUGGAUAUUUUCUUAUUACCAGGUGGCAGCAACUCCUCAUAAACAGAAUCGUCGGAUAUGAUAGUAUUUUGAUGAAUAGUUUAUUGACUUCUCCUUGUUAAGGUAGCAUAUUCUGUAAUAGUGAGAAAUUUUAUGACAAAAAUAGUUCGUCUGAUCUAUAGAGCCUUUUUUUUUUCCCUUUUCUUUUGGCAACAUGUAACUUAUCAGGAAGAAAAAAAAGUUAUAAGGUUUAUGGAUGACAGUUGAUCUGAUUUAUAUU